UUACGGGUGACAGCACACAACAAACGUCAUCAAGUUUUGCAGUGAAAGAAAAGUGCAUUGGUGUAAAAUUGUUGAAAUUCCUUUGGUUUUAAUAAAGUAACCACUUUAAAAUUGUAUUAAAAAGUUGGAAAAGUGUAUUAAAGAACAAAUGUUACGAUACGUGACAGUUAGUUGAAUAAAAUCAUCAUUUUUCUUAAGGUUUUGCUAUAGUUUCACACCUACACCCUACUCUAACAGAUUGACACAACUAUUCUUUCACUCAAUUUUACAACGCCGUAGCGCUGUGAAUGAUUUCUUCCGCCUCGCCAGUUGGUCUGUUUGGAAGCGCUUACAACAGCCGAAGUAGCAGCAGUAGUAGUAACAGCACUAUGCAGCAACAAUCCAGCGCCUCCGGCAGUAGCCCCUUUGCCGCAUAUUCCUCUUCAUCGACAAGUCCGCAAAUGGGACUUGAUGUUGAGUUUGGAGCGGAUCCAGCGAGUGGUGCGUUCUUUCAAUCCGAAGGACGCAAACAUGACGAUCUUAAGCAAAUGCUGGAUAGCAACAAAGAUGGACUUAAACUAGAAGCUAUGAAACGUAUUAUUGGCAUGAUUGCGCGUGGGCGUGAUGCCAGUGAUUUAUUCCCGGCAGUAGUGAAAAAUGUUGUUUCCAAAAAUAUUGAGGUGAAAAAACUAGUAUAUGUUUAUCUAGUGCGCUAUGCCGAGGAGCAACAGGACUUAGCACUUUUGUCUAUAUCAACAUUCCAACGUGCAUUGAAAGAUCCAAACCAGUUAAUACGCGCAUCCGCUUUGCGUGUGUUAUCGUCAAUACGUGUAAGCAUGAUUGUGCCCAUUGUUAUGUUAGCAAUACGUGACAGUGCUAUGGAUAUGAGUCCAUAUGUGCGUAAGACCGCAGCACAUGCUAUACCCAAGUUAUACUCGUUGGAUGCAGAACAAAAAGAAGAACUAGUGACAGUUAUUGAGAAGUUACUCUCAGAUCGCACAACACUUGUCGUUGGUUCUGCUGUGAUGGCUUUCGAUGAGGUUUGUCCGGAGCGUGUUGAUCUCAUACAUAAAAACUACCGCAAACUGUGUAAUCUGCUCGUCGAUGUAGAUGAAUGGGGUCAGGUGAUCAUAAUCAAUAUGCUUACGCGCUAUGCCCGUACGCAAUUCGUCGAUCCAAAUGCAGAUGAAGCUGCCGAAGACGAACUGAAACAGAAGGAAGAUGGUAGCGAAAAUUUCUAUGAAGAAACUUCUAGUGGCGAUUCCUCCGACGAGAGUAGUAAGGAAAAACGUGAGAAAAACACACAAAAAUCGAAGUCCGAGUCGUCAAAACAACGGACUUACUCAUCAUCGUCAUCGUAUCAUGUAGACUUGGAUCACCGUCUACUCUUGCGUCAAACCAAACCGCUACUACAAUCGCGUAAUGCUUCAGUUGUUAUGGCUGUUGCGCAAUUAUAUCACCACCUAGCGCCACGCAACGAAGUACAACUCAUUGCAAAAGCAUUAAUACGUUUGCUACGUUCACAUAAGGAAGUGCAGAGUGUGGUGUUGACCUGCAUUGCCUCCAUGUCGACAAAGCGCAAAGCGAUUUUUGAGCCACACAUUAAGUCGUUCUUUGUGCGCACUAGCGAUCCAACACACAUUAAGUUGCUCAAAUUGGAUAUAUUGACCAACUUGGCAUCGGCAUCGACGAUUGCGCUGAUUUUGCGCGAAUUCCAAACCUACAUUUCCAGUAAUGACCGUUCAUUCGUAGCGGCCACAAUACAAGCGAUCGGACGCUGUGCCGCGUCCAUUAAGGAAGUGACUGAAACCUGUCUCAGUGGUUUAGUGCAUUUGCUCUCCAACCGCGAUGAGCACGUUGUCGCAGAGAGUGUUGUUGUUAUUAAGAACUUGCUGCAAUCAAAAUCUGCAGAACACUAUGAAAUUAUCUCGCAGAUGGCAAAAUUGAUUGAUUACAUCACUAUACCGGCGGCGCGCGCCUCUAUAUUAUGGCUUAUUGGAGAAUAUAAUGAGAAAGUGCCGAAGAUUGCGCCCGAUGUGCUGCGCAAAAUGGCCAAAACUUUCGUGGAUGAAGAGGAUGUUGUCAAAUUGCAAAUUCUCAAUCUCGGCGUGAAACUGUUUCUCACCAAUCCAGAGCAAACGUCGCUGCUCAGCCAAUAUGUUUUCACUUUGGCGCGUUACGAUGCCAACUACGAUGUACGCGAUCGCGCACGUUUUCUACGCCAAUUUAUUUUCCCAGCCAAUGGCCGUACAACCGUACUCUCCGAAAAUGCGCGUAAGAUCUUUCUCUCUUCGAAACCAAAACCGGCGCUAGAGAGUAAAUACUGUGAACGUGAUCACUUCCAACUUGGUUCGCUCUCGCACUAUCUGAAUAUGCGCGCCACUGGCUACAAAGACCUGCCACCAUUUCCUACUGAAGCGCCCGAUACUUCGGUGCGUAAUAUUGAGGGUUACAUGCUGGAAAGUAGCGCCGGCGCUGCAAACGCCACCAGCAAUGCUACAAGUGCCAGUGCCACACGUACGCCACAGAAGCAGAGCAGCAAAAAUGCACAUACAAGUAAUGAUAAGAGUUUCUUCUCCGAAUCAGAGAAAUCUUCCGCCUACUCAGAGUCGGGCUCGAGUAGCAGUAGCUCCUCCUCGUCAACGUCGAGUGAUGGCGAAUCAUCCGAAUCAGAAACGGAGCAUGUGAAUGACGUGGCUGCCGCUAAAACUAAAAAGCCGUCAAAAGCUUCGGACACCAAGUCGUCAACCGCAACUGUGCGGGUAAACACGUCAUCGAGCAAUGGCAACAACAAUGCGCACUUGAAUGACAACAAUAACGGUAGCAACCAGAGUGAAGGCACUUCGGACAGCGAGUCUUCUUCGUAUGGGUCCUCUGAAAGCAGCAGCGGCAGCGAUACAAACACAGAAGAUGGCUCCGAGAGCAGCGAAUCGGAGACCGAGAGCGAGAAGCAACGCAAGUUCCAGCGUGUCAAAGAGAAAGCCAAGGAAACAAAGGCUAAAGAAAAGGUCAAAACAGCGGAAGAGCCAGCAACUGCAGCGGCACCAGCUAAAAGCAAUCUAGACUUGCUGUUGGAUUUGGAUGACAUACCGCCCGUUGGGCCCGUUAUGACACCCUCACUUGGCGGCUUCCUAACACCUGGUACACCACUGGGUGGCGCCGUUGGUUUGUUGCCCGUCAGCGCUGCUAAUCGCAUCGAGUUGGUCGGUCCCUCACACAUCGAAUUUAAGCAUCGCGAAUUGUUGAAUAAGCUCUCCGGUCAUGGUUUGCAAGUGAGCUAUCGCUUCACACGCUCACCGCAUCUAUACUCCGCCGCUAUGGUUUCAAUAGAAUUACAAUUUAUCAAUCUAACCAACGAUGAGAUAACCAAUAUACAUCUGAGUCAGCAGACCUUGCCACAUGGCAUGCAACUGAAUGAAUUUGCGCCCUUGCAAUGCCUGCAGCCGCAACAAAUGGGCACCAGCGUGCUUGGCAUAGACUUCAAUGAUUCCACACAUGCUGUCGAGCUGGAAAUCAGCACCAGCGCGGGCAAGUCACGGGUCACACUCAAGCCGCCGGUGGGCGAGUUGGUGCGUUCGGUGCAAAUUGGCGAAGCAUACUUCAAGGAGGAGCGCACCAAAUUGCGCGGCAUGAACGAACAUCAAAGUCGCUUGCAGCUGCAGCGGGAAUCGGUGGAUUUGGCCGCACUGAAGCAGCGCAUUUUCGAAUGCAUCAAUGUGGCGCAUCUGCCGUCAAGCGACAGCAAGGAUGUACUCUACUUUGUGGGGCAAACUAUGAAUUCUAAAAGCCUGGUAUUGAUUACUUUGGACUGGCAGGCGGCAGAGGGCGCGCAUCUGACAUUGGUGGUGAACUGUGAGAAAAUGGUGAUCGGUUCGAUGGUCUUGAAUGAGUUGCGCAAUGCGCUCAGCUUGGCUUUUCAAUGCUAGACAUUGCGUUAAUUCGCAUUAAAGCUUAAAACUGAAUUUGAAGUUUUUUUUAUAUACAUACAUAUAUUUUAAGCAAAAGUUGAAUGAACAAAUUUAUUGAAUAACAGUACAUGAACUACAUUUAUGACAAGCAAAAUAUGCGUUAAAAGCGUAUAAUUAAAGUUGCCAGAUUAGCGAAAGUAAUGCUAAAGGGUUUUCGGCUUAAAAUUAUCAACGAAAUUGCUGAGCAAAGUGCAUAAUUAAAUAAUCAAAAAAGUAAAAAUAACUAAAAAUAUGGUUUUUGGCAUAAUAUAAUGAAAAAAUUUAAAUUUGCGUUUCAAAAAUCUGAAACUUCGAAUAAAACGCAACUGUUUAAUAGCGAAAAAUACAAAAUAUUGAAAUUAUAGUUAUUAGCUUGUUGUUUAUAAGGCAAAAAAUGAACUGAAGUUACAAAACUUGAUCUGUAUUGCAGCAUUGUUUUUGUAAAUCACUGUCAUCUGUUCAAUAUAAAAGUAUCAACUAUUUUUUAAUCACUUAA